GCCGCGGCCCACAAUUCCUUGCGCGCAGCCAAGUUAACAUGGCGCGCGUGCUCGCGAUCUUGAGCAGGGCCGAAAACAACAACAACCUCAGCGCCGGGAUUCACGGCGUUUAACGCGCCGCUGAAGCGACAGCGCUCACCGACACACCUCCGUAUGCUCGCGUUAAGCAUGUGCUGCUGAUUUAUCGCACAUUUGAGAAUUGAGAAAUCUUCAACCCUGAGCCCUUUGGGCUUAUCUUCAGUUUCGUCUGGUGAGAAGCGGAGUGAUAUGGAGGACCCCAAGAGCCCCAUAAAGGUGGUCAAACCAUCCCGGUCCAACAGGGGUGGUGCGUCUUCAUCAAAAUCCCAAAAGGACAGCGCAAAAUCCCCACGCCAAAGUAAAGACGCUGUCCUCCGAGUGAAAGAGGAGUUCCUGGGCGGCCAUAACAGUGGCAGGACCAACAGUGGUGGCCCUCAGGAACAGGGGAGGGGCAAAGCCCGCAGACUGACGGGCAGAACCAACUCUGGAGAGAGGGGGAAGGGGAAGACCCAACAGAGCGACGCCCGUCAGCAAGCCCAGGAGAACAAAACUCCAGGACGAAACGGUGGACAGAGGAAAGAUAUGGGAGCAGCACCACUGCCCAGCACACCUGAGGAGAACUCAUCACAGAAGAACGUUGUCACGGCUAAAGACAAGAUGCAUGGUGUGGAGGCAGGUAGACAAAGGGGUGAGACCGUAGCAGAGGUCACAGAGGUGGGAAACCUGACCUCUGACCAGCAACUGGGACUCAAACAGGCUGAGGACAGACUUCAGAGAGACUACAUUCACAGACUCCUCAAGCAAUCUCCCGAGUACCCAAAUUUCCAGUAUCUAUGCAAACUGUGUUCAGUCCACGUGGAGAACAUCCAAAGUGCUUACAAGCACAUUAAAGAGAAACGACACAAGAAGAACAUGAUGGAGAAACAGGAGGAAAAUGAGUUGCGUUCGCUUCCUCUUCCCUCUCCUGACCAGCUGAAGGCGCUAGACUCCGUAGUGCAAGAGGUGGCGAGGGUGCACGGUAUCUCCGAGGAAGAUUUUCAGGAGAGGCGUUCCGUGGUGCUCCGCAUGGAAGAGAUUAUACAUAAGCAGCUCACUGCAUGUUCUCUUCGCCUGUAUGGCUCCUGCCUCACUCGAUUCGCCUUCAAAACGAGCGACAUCAACAUCGAUGUGUCUUACCCCUCCACGAUGACUCAGCCUGACGUGUUGAUCCAGGUGCUGGAGAUCUUAAAGAACAGUGAUGAGUUUGUGGAAGUGGAGUCUGAUUUUCAUGCCAAAGUCCCUGUUGUCUUUUGCAAAGAUGUCACAAGUGGGUUCAUGUGCAAAGUGAGCGCAGGAAAUGAUGUCGCAUGCCUUACCACCAAUCACCUCGCAGCUUUGGCUACACUGGAGCCGAGACUCGUGCCACUGGUGUUGGCUUUCCGCUAUUGGGCCAAUCUGUGCCACAUUGACUGUCAGGCAGAAGGUGGAAUCCCAUCAUACUCUCUCUCUCUGAUGGUCAUCUUCUUCCUGCAACAGCGAAAGAAGCCCAUCCUACCCGUCUAUCUGGGAAAUUGGAUCGAGGGCUUCGAUGUAAAGCGUGUGGAUGAAUAUCACCUGACCGGGAUGGAAUCGUCUCUUUUUGUGGGCUGGGAGCACAGACCCGUUCCUGCAGGCGAAGGCCGCGGAGAGGGCAAAGGCAAACCCGAACCCAAGAACUCCAAGGAGAAGAUAGAAAAGAAGGGAGCGUGCGCUAAGGGCAAGGCUCGUCUGACGCUGGAUAAAACUGAAAGCUUAUCUCUGGGUCAGCUGUGGCUGGAGCUUCUGCGAUUCUACACGCUGGAGUUUGCGCUGGAGGAACACAUCAUCAGCAUCCGUCUGAAAGAGCUGUUGCCACGGGAACUGAAGAGCUGGCCUCGCCGCAGACUCGCCAUCGAGGACCCGUUUGCAUUAAAGAGGAACGUGGCCCGCAGUCUGAACAGUCAGAUGGUGUUCGAGUACAUACAGGAGCGUUUCCGCAUGGCGUACAAGUACUUCGCCUGCCCUCAGAGCCGGAACGGAACGAACAACCGCAGCUUCCCGAGAAAGAAAUCCAGACGCCGCGCCAGAGCUCCCCGACAGGCUCGCGAUGGGACGACUGAAUCCGACAGCCAGGAGCGAAAGAACACCGGGGAGGAAGAAGAGAGCAGUGAUGAUGAUGAGGAGGACGAAGAGGAGAAUCUGAGAACAGAUUUCACAAAGCUUCUGGUGACUGAUGCAGGCUCACCAGCUGUUUCUCAGGAGCUCUCGUCCUCCGUCAUGUCCCUUUCUGCCCAGAACGGCCUGCUGAUGUACAGUGAUGAAGAGGAGGUAGAGAAAGAGCAACAUCUGAAGCUUGAGCAGGAAAUUGUUGCCCCUGAAGACAUGCAUUAUAUCUUUGACAGGAUGAUCUUCACAGGAGGAAAGCCUCCGACUGUCGUGUGCAGCAUCUGCAAGAGAGACGGACACCUGAAGGACGAGUGUCCUGAAGACUUUAAGAAAAUCGAGCUCACGCCACUGCCACCUGUGAGCGAGCGCUUCAGAGCCAUCCUGGAUGACCUCUGUCUGUUUUGUUACCGUGAGCUGUCACCGUCUUACGGGGAGCAACAAAAGAGAGAACAGAUCCUGGCCAGUCUGGAGCGCUUCAUUAGAAAAGAGUACAAUGAUAAGGCCCAGCUCUGUCUAUUUGGCUCUUCGAAAAACGGCUUUGGGUUUCGUGACAGUGACCUGGAUAUCUGUAUGACGCUGGAGGGUCAUGAAACAGCAGAGAAUCUAAACUGUAAGGAGAUCAUUGAGGGUUUGGCCAAAGUUUUGAAGAAACACACAGGUCUAAGAAACAUCUUGCCUAUCACAACUGCUAAAGUGCCUAUAGUGAAGUUUGAACAUCGACAGAGCGGACUGGAGGGAGAUAUCAGCCUCUACAAUACACUGGCCCAACACAACACACGGAUGCUGGCCACAUAUGCGGCUUUAGACCCUCGUGUGCAGUAUCUGGGCUACACGAUGAAAGUGUUUGCAAAGCGUUGUGAUAUCGGCGAUGCCUCCAGAGGAAGUCUCUCUUCAUAUGCGUACAUCCUCAUGGUGCUUUACUACCUGCAGCAGAGACAACCACCGGUCAUACCUGUGCUACAAGAGAUCUAUGAUGGGAACACUGCUCCUGAGAGGAUGGUCGAUGGCUGGAAUGCUUUCUUCUUUGAUGACCUGGAUGAACUGAAGCGGCGUCUCCCUGAGCUCUGUCAGAAUAAGGAGACAGUUGGAGAACUUUGGCUCGGCCUCCUGCGGUUCUACACAGAGGAGUUUGAUUUUAAAGAGAACGUCAUCUCCAUCCGCCAGCACAAGCGCCUCACAACCUUCGAGAAGCAGUGGACAUCUAAAUGCAUCGCAAUCGAAGAUCCCUUUGACUUGAACCACAACCUUGGUGCUGGUGUCUCUCGCAAAAUGACUAACUUCAUCAUGAAGGCCUUCAUCAACGGCAGGAAGCGUUUUGGCACCCCGUCUUUUUACCCCGGUCUUGGAAUAGAAUCAGUUGAGUACUUCUUCGACUCACAGGUCUUGACGGAUGGUGAAUUGGCUCCUAAUGACCGCUGCUGUCGUAUAUGUGGGAAAAUCGGUCACUAUAUGAAGGAUUGCCCGAAAAGGCGCAGAAUGAAGAAAAAGGAGAACGAGAGAGAUGACGACGGUCGAGAGGAAGACCGAGAGCCCAGAGAGCGACGCUGUUUUCAGUGUGGUGACAUGGGUCAUGUGAGGAGAGACUGUCCUGAAUAUAAACAACACCUGCGUCAGAGAACAACACCUGGACCAGGACCUCACAUGGUCCGGGCCAUGGCGAGCUCUCAGUCCAUCCCCAUUCCUCAAGGUGCACCAGGUCAGGAUCGGGUCGGUCGGAACAGACAGCCCUCUGAAUGUUCUGAUACGCGUCAGACUCCUCCAUACUCUCCUCAGCUAUCUCCAUUCAGCCAGGCAUCCAUCUCACCCCAGAACAGCAAGACUUCCACAUCCUCCUCGUCCUCUGCCGGACACCCUAAACCUUCUCAGCCGCAGCAGGUCCAACUUCCCAUAUUCAGUUAUCCGCACCACCCGGGCCAGUUCCGUGCCGGGCUUUCUGCAUUGGGUCUGCUGCCCUCCCACCCCCAACAGCCACCCCUGAACCCGGGCUCUUGGCCCGUCCACGGCCCUAUUAUUCAGGGCUCCGGGGCUUCCGCAGCCUCUUCCAACCCUGUCCAGCACGCAUCCCCUUCUGGCCUGAAGUUUGCCGUGCAGGGUGGGAGUGGAACAGGCGGGCAGGCGGUGAGCACCGCCACCAUGAACCUGAAUGACCCUAGUAUAAUUUUUGCCCAGCCUUCAUCGGGUCGGGUGGCCGGGGGGGUGGGCGGUCCGGGCAGAGAUAGAGGGCACCACUGGCACAACCACCACCUCAAUCCAAAUGGCACAGUGGGAAAUAAGACAGAUCCUAGUUUCUCGACUCAGUUUGGGGCUGUGAAUCAAGGCUCUCGGUCCUGGGAACCCAGCAGCGGUGCUCAAUAUUCGCUGUCCCCAACAUACGGGCCCUACCGUAUGCCACCCUACAUACAGCCACCCAACAAAUCCUUCAUCUCACAAGGUUCAGUGGUGGCAAAUCAACAUUAUCCACUUAUUCAACACGGCCGGCACGGCAAUCUGAACUACAUUAAACAGAAGAAAUGAAGUGACACUUUACUUUUUAAACCAAUGCCCAUGGUCCUUAUAGAAGAAAAGACUAACUUUGCAUCAUUUGGUUUUGAGAAUUUUUAAAAUGUAUUUUAUCAUUUUUGUACAGUUUUUAUGUUUUAUUUCCCUUUGUUUCUGUGUUUAUCAUCACAUUAAUUUGUGAUGCAAAAUGUCAAAUAUUUUAAUACCCCUAUUUUUGGAGGGGUCCAAAAAAGUGUUUUUAUUUUAUGUGUAAAAUAAGGAUUUAAAACGUAUUGGCUUUAUUUUUAUUAGCUGUAUUCCUAUUUUGCUUGCAUAAGGACAAAGGCUUUAGGUAGGAAAAACAUAACGCCCAAUGAGAAAAUUAUGUAGUGCCAAAAAUCUUCCCUAUAGCAAACCAAGAAAACAGUAAAAAAAAGAGCAGAAAAAAAUCAAGAAAAGACCAAAAAAAUAAAGAAAAAGCAAACCAA